CCUUCACUGAAUUACCUACAUGUAGGCAAUUUCCACUUUCAUUAUUGCAUCUUUAGGCAACAAAGCUACCUACAUACAUAGACCGAGAAAUCUAAUGUAUACAUCUCGCCAUCUGAGUUUCUUAGAAUUCUCAUCACCCUCAAGGGAUAUGAAAGGUGAAAUAAACAUGAAAAAUGACGUGACACGUCUUAUAUUGGGGAUUUUACAUUCUACCUUACAGGCCAUAUCAUGGACGCAUUCUUGAAAGGAACCAAGCGAAAGUCAUCCGCUGUGGAAGACUCGUUUCUAGUCGAUGAUAAUGAAUCGACAGACGUGAAGCUGGCAAUUCUCUCGUCAUUGCACUCUAAUAUCAGCCAGGAAGCCCUACUGGAAUCACUCUUAGAACAUGACGGUUCUGUUCGAGCUGCUUCCGCUUCUCUGGCUGAGGAUCGAUCAGCAUCGCCAAAGAAGAAACGAAACAGCGCUAUUGGUUAUCAGUCUUCGCUUAGACUAUUUGCGUCCAAGUCUUCGACUAGAGAACGACCCAUGUCACCGAAGAAGGCGAGAAACCUUUCCAAGAAAGGGACGACGCUUCAUUUGUAUGAUCCUGAGGAUGUAGCCGAACAUACACCUUGCAGUAUCAUUCAUAAUUUUCUACCAUCAGAUGAGGCUAACGAGCUUCUCAAAGAAAUGUUAAGCGAAUCUAGUUCGUUCGAUAAAAUCACAUUCAAAUUAUUUGAUAACGUGGUCCAGAGCCCACAUACAUCGAGCUUCUACGUGGGGACGGAAGCCGAAAUCAACACUCAGAAACAUGAUUAUUUCUACAACGGGGCCCGAUUGACGGACGUACGGCCUAUCACUCCUCAACUUUUGCAUGUUCGCCCAAAGGUUCAAGAAGCGGUAAAUAGAGAAAUUCAAACCCGUAUCAAGACUCGUUACCCCGGCGGACGAAAGUUGAAGUAUCAGUCUCCGGAUCCAUGGUCACCGAAUUGUGCCUUUGUCAAUUGUUACAAUGGGCCUCAGGAGAGCGUUGGCUAUCAUAGCGACCAACUAACCUACUUGGGUCCGCGGGCUGUAAUAGGCUCGCUUUCCUUAGGUGUGGCAAGAGAAUUUCGUGUUAGACGGAUCACGCCAAAAGACUUUGAUACUAGCCCUACAGAUGAUCCGGACGCUGAAGGACAAAUAUCUAUUCACCUUCCACAUAAUUCCCUCUUGGUUAUGCAUGCUGAGAUGCAAGAGGGAUGGAAACAUAGUAUCGCCACGGCCCAAGCGAUUGAUCCUCACCCCAUUGCAGGCAACCGGAGGAUCAAUAUCACAUACCGGGAUUACAAGCCAAGUUUCCACGCAAAAUAUACGCCGAGAUGCAAAUGUGGCAUUCCCGCCAUACUAAGGGUCGUUCAAAAGAAGAAAGAAAACCAAGGAAAAUAUUUCUGGAUGUGUCACGGCGGAAAUGUACCUGGUAAAGAGAAUUGCUCAUUCUUCCAAUGGGGCGACUUCGAUGACGACGGAAAUCCUAGCUGGGACAAGUCACGAUAUAAAUUUGCCCAGAACAAUGACGAUUUCGAGAACGGGAUACAAUGAUAUGCUUUUAGUGCCUUCGAUACAAGUGAAUAUAGAAAACGAUAUUCCCCGUUACUACCACCCAAUCUCGAUCUUCAUUCGCAACUUUAGGGUUUUAUGGCUCAACAUAGAGCGGCGGACGAUUGUAACCAUCAACCUGUUUCACGUUUAAGUUGCCGACAUCUAAGUCGUUGAAAACCCUCAGGUUAAUCGGUGUUUGCGACAACCCUCCCCUGACGAACUCUCGCAGGCCUUCGGGUAGCUUGUUGAGCUCCUCCUCGGAGAUCGGUGGUAUGUUGUUAUGAACCGAUAUCCCACAUGUUUUACAAAAAGACUUCUCGGCCAGCUUGGUACCAAAUUUAUAGUACGCGAGAUUUUCUUCACCUUCAAUCUCGACCUGGUCUUUCUGAGGAUAUAACCAUACGUAACCCAUCUAUAUUACAUUCCAUGAUGGUUUCUGU